AUGGCGGAAGGUACAAGAGUACGGGAGUUGCAGCAGCAAAUGGAGAGCGCAAAAGGGAUGUGGGAGAUUUCUCAAAGCCAGCAAGCUCAAAUGCAAAGUCAACAAACGCAGAUGCAUUAUCAGAUUAAUCAACACAGAGUGGACAUCAAGGAUUUAUCGUCGAAGAUGGAUCAACUCUUGGAGGUGAUGUUGGCACGGAACUCGGUUCCUGGAAUGGAAACGCCGGCAUUUGUGCAACAGGGUCCUCUGGAGGGUCGGCAUACCCGGGAGACGGGAGAAUCAUCUUUCGGUUUUCCAAAAACUCGUUUUGGUAAUGGUCCGGAUGUUCAGGUCAGAAGCCUUAAACUGGAUUUUCCUCAUUUUGAUGGCGAAAAUGUUUCAGGUUGGUUGUUUAAAGUCAAACAAUUUUUUGAUUUUAGCAAUACACCUAUUGAAUAUAAGGUUCGCAUGGCUUCAUUUUAUAUGGAAGGGGAUGCCUUAGUGUGGUUUCAAGAUGCGUCUGACUUAGGAUUGUUCAUGUCUUGGGAAGCCUUCGAAUCAGCUAUCCAAGUUCGUUUUGGUCCUAAUUGUUAUGAUGACCCAAUGGAGGCUCUCACUCGUUUGAGACAGACCUCUUCUAUUGCCAUCUAUAAAACUCAGUUUGAGAGGCUUUCGAAUAGAUUGAAAGGGCUUUCUGAAGGGUAUAAAUUGAGUUGUUUUUUAAGUGGGUUAAGGGAUGAGAUAAGAUUUCCUUUAAGGUUGUUGAAACCUGGAACUUUGAAUGAAGCCUUUGGGUUGGCUAAGAUUCAGGAAGAGUUUGUCUUGACUAGCAGAAAGAAUUAUAGGAGUAGUGGGAGUGAUUCUACUGAAGUGGGUUUUCCUGUGGGAAAGGAAAAACCAGCAUUGCAAGUCCAGCGUAUCACCCCAGCUCAGAUGGAAGAAAGACGCCAGAAGGGUCUUUGUUAUUAUUGUGAUGAAAAAUACAAUGCUCCUCAUAGGUGUCAAAGGGGGAAGGUGUUUCUCAUGGAGGGUUGUGAGUUGAUUAGUGAUGAGCAUUGGAUGAUUCCUGAAAGUGAAGGUACAGAUAAUUCUGGGGGAGAUUACAAGUUACAAAAUGAAGUAGUAGAAGAGACACAACCAGAGAUAUCAUUACAUGCAAUCACGGAUCCAGUGGUGGUUGCAAAACUUCAGGUAGUUAUUCAUAAAGAUAGUAGAUUGGCUGUUAAGGUGGCUAAUGGACAGAUAGUUCAUAUUGAAGGGUAUUCUCUAGCAUUACCAGUGAAGGUCCAGGGCACAAAUUUUUCAGCUGAAUUCUAUCUUUUGCCUUUGGGAGGCUGUGACAUGGUGCUGGGAAUUCAAUGGUUGAGAUCACUUGGUCCCAUUCUUUGGGAUUUUUCCAAGCUAACCAUGGAAUUCUCUUUAUUCACUAAGAGAGUGUUGUGGAAAAGACUUCCUCCUACUGAUUCAGUGUGGGAGGAUGGUCAUAUCUUUUCUAGAAUUCCUAAAGCUAAACAGAAGGGUUUAGUUUUACAAAUGGUUGCAUCCGUAGCUCAUGCAGAUUCACAUAACUUAAUUCAGCCACAGCAGAACCCUUUGGUGGCAGAAUUAUUGCAGGAAUUUGCAGCAGUUUUUGAGGAGCCUAAAGGCUUACCUCCGGUGCGUUCUCAUGACCACCAAAUUGUCCUGAAGGAAGGAACUCAACCUAUAUGCGUUAGGCCAUACCGCUAUCCCCAUUAUCAAAAAGGGGAGAUUGAGAAAAUAGUGAAAGAACUCUUAGAUUCAGGUGCAAUUCGGCCUAGCCAAUCACCAUUCUCUUCUCCAGUGCUAUUGGUUCGCAAGGCCGAUGGGAGUUGGCAAAUGUGCAUGGAUUACAGGGCUGUGAAUCAAGCUACGGUCAAUGAUAAGUUUCCUAUUCCAGUAGUUGAUGAACUACUUGAUGAAUUAUAUGGAGCCAAAAUUUUUUCUAAGCUGGAUCUUCGGUCCGGUUACCAUCAGAUUAGAGUGAAGCCUGAUGAUGUGCAUAAGACAGCUUUUAGAACCCAUGAGGGUCAUUACGAGUUCUUGGUAAUGCCCUUUGGGCUAACCAAUGCACCUUCCACUUUUCAGGGGCUUAUGAAUCAUGUUUUCAAGGCUCAUUUACGAAAGUUUGUAUUGGUUUUUUUUGACGACAUCCUAGUCUACAGCAAGGAUGAUCAGGAACAUUUGGUGCAUUUGAGGGUGGUUUUGGAGAUUCUAUUACACCAGAAACUGUUUGCUAAAGCAGUCAAGUGUAAAUUUGCUUGUAAAGAGGUGGAAUAUCUCGGCCAUGUGAUCUUGGCUGAAGGGGUUAAGGCUGAUCUGGCUAAGAUAGAGAGUAUGAUAAACUGGCCAAUUCCUAAUUCUUUGAAAUCUUUAAGGGGUUUCCUUGGACUCACGGGCUAUUACAGAAAGUUUAUCAAGGGCUAUGGUCAAAUAGCAGCCCUUCUUACAUCCUUAUUAAAGAAGGAUUCCUUCCUUUGGUCGCCAGAGGCCACAGAUGCAUUUAACAAUCUUAAACAGGCAGUUUCCUCACCUCCUGUGUUGGUAUUACCGGAUUUCAUUAAGCCCUUCAUUAUUGAGUGUGAUGCUUCCGGGGUGGGCAUUGGGGCUGUGCUUAUGCAAGCUUCUAAACCUAUAGCCUUUUUCAGCAAGGCUCUUAAAGGCAAAGCUCUUCAUCUUUCCACUUAUGAAAAGGAGUUGUUGGCUCUAGUUUCGGCAGUAAAGAAGUGGAGGCCCUAUUUGCCAGGGCAAUCUUUCAGAAUAAAAACUAAUCAUCAGAGUUUGAAAUUUCUGCUAGAACAGAAAGUUGGUACACCUACUCAGCAAAAAUGGAUCACAAAGUUGUUGGGGUAUGAUUUCACUAUCGAGUAUAAGGCAGGAAGAGAAAAUAUUGUGGCUGAUGCUUUGUCAAGAAAGAUAGAAGAUGAAGAAGUAUCUCAGCAGGAUGGCCAACUCAUGUUAUUAACCCUUCCCAAUCCUGUUUGGGUGGAGGAUAUUAAAGCUAGUUAUGCACAUGAUCCUGCUAUCACUCAGAUUAUUCAGGACUUGAAGGCUGACAAUGCUAGUCAUACCUCCUUUACAUUCCAGAAUGGCCUGCUUUUGUAUAAGGGCAGGAUAUAUGUUGGUCUUGUAGAAUCUUUGAGGAACUGA